CUCAUGAAAGUCAAUACCAGUGAAACUUACAAAAUGAUUUGAUGUAACCUUUUAGACAAGCUAGAAGAAAAGUGAGCUUCAAGGAGGUUGAUUUAAUUAGCUCACUGACAAUUUUUAGCAUUACCAAGGUUUCCUGGGUUAAGAUUUCGCAAAUAACAGUUACAUUUUUGACAAAUUACCAGCAAUGUUAUUCUUUCUUGACGUAAAAUCUUUUUGUCAGACAAAUCUUACUGGUCAAAUUGAUUUAGAAGAGUUUCUGUUACUAUGGGCUGAAAUCAAAACAUGGAAGUAUGUUUUUCAAAAAUAUGAGCAUGAAAGGAAAGGAAUUGUAAGAGCCUACAGCUUCCGAGAAAUGUUGAACAGUACAGGUUACCAUGUCAGCAAUCGUGUUUAUCAUGUAUUAUCACAUAGAUAUAUUGACUCGAAAAACAGUUGUAUACAUUUUGAAGAUUUUCUUUACUGCUUGGCAAAUAUGAAAAGUGCCUACGAUAACAUUACUGUUCAUCCAACUAAUUCAAAAGGUCAACUGAUAUUUACUCCAGAAGAUUUUCUUCGCUUAUCGCUUUCUACAUGA